AGUAAAAAAACUAAGAAAGUUAUUCGUAAAAUACCACCCAAACCUAAGAACUAUGAUAAAUUAAUUUGGUUAACUGGUCACUGUCUUUCCUUAUCUUUUGGUUUAAUAUAUUUUCUUUCAAGGCUAUCAAAUAUUAUUCUUAGAACUAAAUUUUAUUAUUUAGUCAGAUUUUCUUAUAGAUUAUCAAUUUUUGGAUCUCUUUUGGCAUUAAGUUUAACAGUUUCUAGAAAAUUUGGUAGAAAGUUGCCAACUAAUUUUGCAUUGUUAUCAACAGAAAAUUUCCAAUAUUUGCUUUUAGCGUUAAUUUGGUUUUUAUCAAGAUCAUCUAUUUUUAAGAUUUUCCCUUAUUUAAUUAUAUCAUUUUUACAAUUGACAAGGGAAUUUAAUUAUUUGGAGAAGAUUCCUCAAAAUUAUCUUUUGAAUUUAACAUUAGCUAUUUCGUAUAAUGAGUUGUUGUUAAUAUUUGUAUUAUUUAUUGAUACGUUAUUAAUGAGAGGAGUAUCUGGGUUUGCAUUUGUUGCUUUUAUCACAUUUUAUUGGUUAAGAAUUUUAUUUUCGAAUGAAACUAAAAGUUUUGUUUUAAACUUUUUUCAAGUUGUUGAGAAAAACGUAGUUGUGAAAUUACCUAAACAAUAUCAAGGGUAUUUUUAUGAAUUUCUUGAGCUUGUUAAAAAAAGAGAAGUUAGAGAU